AUGCCUCCGGUCAGAGGCCAUGUUCCAGGCGUACUGGCAUCGAAUAUUAUUGAAGGGUCGCGAAAGAGAAAGGGCGGACAAGACGUCGAUGCUUCGUCUCCACCAUCUGCCUCCGAAGCAGCAGGACCUACCGAGCCAGAGGAAGUGGCCCGCCUAGGAUACAAGCUUCUCAAUGUCAUCUACCACGUCCGCGACGUAGCCGACGACGAUCCGCAGUCGCUCCUCUGCGAGCCCUUCCUCGUCCUACCCGAUGCAGAGCUCUAUGCAGACUAUCACCAGGUGAUCCGAAGACCCCUCACCUUUGAAGACGUGCGACACAAGCUCGCUGCAAGAGGAUAUGGCUCUCUCGAAGAAGCAAAGCACGACUGUGAGGUUGUUUGCCAGAACGCCAAGCGCUACAAUCUCAAGGACACGCCCAUUUGGUUGAAGGCGAGAGCGCUACAUGGCAUCAUCAAAGACGCAUUUGCAGACCUGGUUCUCUCGCCAGACGCCGCAUCAACCAAGCUGGAAUCUAGCUUCCCUUUGCUGGAGGAGGGUCCAGAUGAUGUCGAGCCCAUUACCUCGCAGCCGCCGUCACCGGGUAAAGUGGCGCCCAUGGAGCUCCCCGCUCCGGUCUCGUCAUCACCAUCUGGAAUGUCAGGCAAGGGUACGCGCAUUACUCUCAAGCGCAAGCCUAGUAACCUUGAGAAACAAGAACAGAAGGCUAGCACGUCACGCGGCGCUAGCAAGGCUUCGCCUGUCUACGAGGCUGGGGUACAUGACGAUGACGACGCCGAGGGCGAGGACGACGGCGACGUCGACGGCGACGUGACUAUGGGCGACAUCGGUGAUCUCGAGGCCAAGAAGAAGAGACCAGGUGGGAGGGGACGAAAGCUCAAGAGCCAGAUGAAGGGCUGGGCUAAUGAGCUGCUGUCACUGAAAAAGCCAGACGGGACUUCUGCUUCUGAGUUCUUUAGGGAACUGCCCAGUCGCGAAGACUACCCAGAUUACUACACCAUCAUCACCGCUCCUGUCUCCUUCAAGGAGAUCACGGACAAUGUGCGCACCAGAGGCUACAAGACGCCCUUUGCCUUUGUGACCGACGUCAGGGCCAUGAUUGCCAAUGCCAAGUGGUACAACGAGCAGCACAGCAUCGUCUGGCAGGACGCCGAUGCCCUUGAAAAACACCUUGAUGGCAAAGUCAUUCCUGGCCUACUGAGCGAAGGCUUCACCCUCGAUCCAAACGAUACUCGAGCAAGCGUCUUGCCCCCGUAUAUGCAAAACGACUCGGGCGGCUCAGCAUCGCCUGCCCCACCUACGCCUCAGCAACCACAGCACGCGCAAUUACAUGGCCACGCACAGCCUCGCGUUAAGAUUAAGUUGGCCGGUCGUCCCAGCAGUAGCGGCAGUCAAGCUUUGCCAGCUCCAGGCCCACCAGGCGUCAAGGCCGAGCCAUCGCCAGCGGGCGCCGCCUCACCUGUCGCUACUGGUGCAGUGCAUUCGCCGCUGGCGGCACCUCAGCGCCCCGCUGGAUCUCCGUCUUACCAGCAACAGCAGCAUCAGCAGCAUCAGCAGCAUCAGCAGCAUCAGCAGCGCAUGCCCUCCUCGACUCCCACGCCAGGCCCAGCUGCAACGACGGCGACGCCCAGUUCAGCUCCUUCCCUCUCCGCUUCUGGUCGACCACUUCGCAACGCGACCAGUGCAGCGCCUCGCGGCGCCUCGCCUCAGAUGCUGACUGGAGGAGCCAGUAGUCCUCCUGCUCAGGGUCGCAUCAACAGCAGCGCAAUUCCCACGCAAUGA